AGAGUCAACAAACUGAAAUGAAUGAGGAAGUGGGACUGUGGCACUUGAGCUGUUCUACAAUGGUUUUGGUCAAAGUUUUGGAUUUGGCUAAUUAUUUUGGGAUGAAGAAAAAUGGCACCUGAGCAGAAAUUUCUUUCUGAUGUGACUCUUCAACUCCCACGCAAUUCGGCCUUUUUGUUUCGUGUAAGGAGAAAGUGGACUGUGAAAGAUCAGAACAUGCGCUUGGGUUCCCGCGUUUGUGAAUUAGUUUUGAUGGAUGAAAAGCGUGAUCAAAUUCAAGCAACGGUCCCUCUCCACUUGAUCCCCCAGUUUGAAGAUCAAAUUGAAGAAGGCAACCUAUAUGCCAUGCUCAACUUUUCUGUCAAGGAGAAUCAAGGGGGUUGGAGAGCAACAUCCCAUCCAUUCCGUUUGAUGUUCACCGAAAAAACAAAAGUCAUGCUUCAGACAAAUGAAAAACAUCAUGAAUUUCCAAAGAGCAUUUAUAAUAUCAUAGCCUAUGCAGAUAUUACCAAUUCCCCAGAUGUUGAAGCGCCCGAUUUGAUUGAUGUUAUUGGUGCAUACAAUCCCGAUGAAAAACCAACCAAACCAAGUGAUGGGAAAGGCUCCUGGUGUCGAUUUCCGUUGGUCAAUCUAGAGUUAAGAUACGAUUAUGCAGAAUAAAUUCAUUCCUACACACAUUCUUAUUGGUCUAUUAUAUUAACAAUGUCAUAACUAACAUGUAGGAACACCAAAAUAACAUGCACACUAUGGAAUGAGUAUUCAGCGCAAUUUCUGA